CUCAGAACACACACACUGACACCUAUAUAUAAACACCUCAAAACCCUAGCCCUCAUUUCCGUUUCACCCACCAGCGGCGCAGAUCCCCUUCUCCGCCACCCAAUUCCGAAAUGACGACUCAUCUGAGGAAGAAUCGCAAGAAGCGCGGCCACGUCAGCGCCGGUCACGGUCGUAUCGGAAAGCACCGCAAGCAUCCCGGAGGUCGGGGUAACGCCGGAGGUAUGCACCACCACCGGAUCCUGUUCGACAAGUACCAUCCCGGAUACUUCGGGAAGGUCGGUAUGCGUUACUUCCACAAGCUCCGCAACCAGUUCUUCUGCCCCACAAUCAACGUCGACAAGCUCUGGUCGAUGGUCCCGCAGGAGGUGAAGGACAAGGCGACCAAGGACAACGCGCCGCUCAUCGACGUCACGCAGUUUGGUUACUUCAAGGUUUUGGGCAAGGGUUUGCUGCCCGCCGGUCAGCCCGUCGUGGUGAAGGCGAAGCUCAUCUCGAAGACUGCUGAGAAGAAGAUCAAGGAGGCUGGCGGCGCUGUCGUGCUCACUGCUUGAUUAGGUUUUUUUUUUUUUUUUUUGUUUUUGAUUUACUGCAAUAUUGACUUAUAUUUAUUGCUGGACGUAUUUUUGUUGAAGUGAUCUUGACAUAAUUUUGUUCGAGUGAUUUAAAUUGCUAUAGAUCCAACUUUUGAUUGAU